AUGCAUUUCCACCAUUUGUCCCUUUGGGCUCUGGCCGCCUCGUCUGUGCAGGCCGUACCCCCCGCCCCCGAGAUCAACGUCGAUGUGCUCAUCAUUGGCGGUGGCGCCACCGGCGCAUAUGCUGCUACUCGACUCCAACUUCUUUGGUCGGGUUCAACGUCGCCCUCAACGUCUCGGCGCAGUCGCCUUUUCCCUACCACGCUUGUCGACUUCAAGACGGGGUUUGUCGUCCCGAAUGCCACGCCCACAAACAUUCUGUCGCUCCUCGGUCCCAUUGGCAACUACAUCGCAGCGGUGUCACCCUACACGGGCAUCGCUCAGGGCUACUAUGACAUUCCCCAGCCCGUCGACCCUCAGCUCCUCGAGCCGUUUUCCAAAUUUGUGGCCCGUAACAACAUUACGGCCGAGAUGAUGCAGCUUAUCUGGCAGUUCGCCCACGGCGUCGGCAACCUGUUCGACACGCCGACGCUCUACGUGCUCCAGAGCUUUGGCCUGCCGCACGUCCUCGGCCUCACGGCCGGCUACGUGUACUCGCCCGCCGGCAACCAGCUCCUGUACGACCGCGUCGCCGCCUUCCUCGGCAAAGACGUUCUCUACUCGAGCCGCGUCGUGUCGUCGACGCGCACAACGUCCGGCGUGACGGCCGUCGUCCAGGGGCGGUGCGGCACCCGCACCAUCCGCGCCAAAAAGCUCCUCAUCACGAUCCCGCCGACCCCCAGCAACCUGGCCGCCUUCGACCUCGACAACAACGAGAAGAAGCUCUUUGCCCAGUUCAGCGACAUUCCCUACCACGUCGGCAUCAUCCGCAAGAGCAGCAUGCCGGACCUGACCAACUUUUACAACGUCGACCUCCAGUCGCCGACCCUGCUGCCGAGCUCGCCCUUUGUCUUCCGCUUCGAAACGCCCGGCGUGCCGGGCUACCAGACGGUCAAGGUCAUCGGUGAGCCGAGCAACGCCAAGGCCCGCACCCUCGCCCUGACGGCCGCCAAGACGGUCGGCAACGCCGUCAGCGGCUCGCCCGGCAACCCCGACACGGCCGUCUGGGGCCAGCACAAGGACCUCGGCCUGCACGUCCCCAUCGAAGCCGUCGCCGACGGCUUCUACUCCAAGCUGUACGACCUGCAGGGCGGCAGGAACACCUGGUUCACCGGCAAUGCCUGGUGCUCCGACUACUCGCCUCUGCUGUGGGCGUACACGGACGAGAGAAUUCUGCCUAACCUUCUUUGA